GUUUGGGAGUCUGAUACGCUGGUCCUAUUAACGCAUCAGAAAAUAAACACCUAAGCGUUCCACCACAUUCUACCAUUAUAUUAUGACUGUCGGCGGCUCACUUUAAGAAUGUAUAGAGACUUGUCUUUACUUUGGUGUGUAUGUCCCUUGUAAGCAGGGACCACUGCAGGAGCUUAGGAGCAGAUUCUGUCAAACUAUAUGUACAUGAAGAAAAAAAACGGAUCAAAGGUGACAGGACAGGAGGGAGUCAGGAAUAGCAAUAGGACAGCGAGGCUGAACGCACGCCAUUACACGUUAGACGCCGUGGCUGCAAAUUACAUGGAUAAUGACAACCAUCGUCAUCAUCAUAAUUAUUAUAAAACGAAGCUUUUAUCACGAAUAAAACGCCCUAAAGUACAUUAAUUGGAUUACGUUCGUGAACGACGUGACGUUGAUGUGGACAUGUCCACAUUAACGGGAUUCGUUGCCCUCCUCUGCCCGGGCGCCAUGUUCAAUUGACCAGCCAUCGCGGUGCUUGCAGAAGACGGCACUUGUCCUCCGAAGCGGGGAACCUAAGGUCGAUUGUGGGAAGCCGUCGGAUUGAUAGUGUACGGUAGACUAAUUUCAGGAUCUACUAAACAUAGCUCAAUGGUUAACGAGAUGGUUGUGGCAGAGCACCAAGUUGCUAAAGAGGUUAUUCAAUUGAACGACCCCAAACCAUGCAUACCUUUGACAUCAGUCGAUGAGAAGUCCUACGUUCCUACAAUGUUAGCUGAGAAGAACGCCGAAUUGGUGCACGGUCAGGAACACCUAGUCAUGAUCGCGGCCGAGCAGACAAACAUUCCCUUGGCCGAUAUGGGCAUGUUUGAAGGUAGCAUGAUCAACGUCGUCCAGCAGACUCAUAUUGCUACUCCACAUAUGCAACAUGUUGCAGCCACGAGUGUGCCAUACUACCAACUCAUUCCGCCACCUGCCACCUGUUACCAGCAAGCUCAUCACUACGCCGCGACGGUGGCAGCUACUCCAACGUUUCAACAUACUUCUGAUUCAACGCAUCCGACUGCUGUGACUCAACCUUAUCCGCCAGCUACGUUUGUAUACAUGCCGAUGCAGGCGUACUAUCAGGAAACACAGCCUACACCAAUGCGGCACCACGCUGCGAUCGCCAAUGUCUCAGCGAUGCCAGCAGGUAUGGCGUAUCAGCAUGUUCCCAUGGAAUACACAGCAACUGCCGUUACAUCUGCAAACGUACAAUCACAGCCUCAACAGCAACAACCGUCGGCUUCGCAGCAAACAACCAUCUCAUCUAAUACGAACUAUAGCCGUUCGAGUAACCGUCGCGUCGUUUGGAACUUUUGCCAAUUUUGCCAAAACAACAAAGAAUCAGAAGAGUUCUACAAGAGUCACACUCUUCGUGACACAACCGGCAGGGUAAUCUGCCCCGUAUUGCGCGCUUACAAUUGUCCACUAUGCAACAAUGGCGGUGGGGAUCGAGCCCAUACUAAGAGCUAUUGCCCGCAAUUGCGUAAUCGCCAACCCCUGACUAAUAGCGCGUCCCACAAUGGUCGACGUGGCCACAGCAAUCACAAUAGUCAUCAUGGCCACGGUGGCGGUAAUCGCCAGAUCAGAGCGCAUAAUCAACAAUUUCAGCCAAGUAGCGUCGUCAUGGAACAGGAGCCAAACAAGAGUUUCAGCAGCUGACCAAGCUACGUGAUAUCGUAGUUUACUAUCUGCUUAAAAACUUGAGUCUAGGGGGAUUAAAGAAUCCUGGCUGUUGCCUUCCUCUCAAUGACCUCUUAUCUUGUGGCCCAUGUUUUGUGCUUCAUGCUAAAGAGGUACACCCGUAUUUAUGUGCAUGCUUACGUAGGAACGAUUCUAAAGAAACGUCGAUUUCCAGCUUAGCUUCCCCCUAAAUCAGACACGAUCUACAUUGUACUAAGAUGUCAGCUUAGACCUUGAUCGUGGAAUCAAAAUUUGUAAAUAGCAUGACAGCGAUAGCAAUCCUAAUUGUUAGACAAUUCAGGUUUCAUAUCUGCAAAAAAUGUAUACCAAUUUGAAGUUGUCAAUAUAUAACGAAACACUUUAUAUAUAUAUAUAUAUAUAUACAUUUUAGAAUGACAGUAUAUGUGAUCGUGACAUUUGUAGACACGAUUCUUCAAAUGCGAACGUUUAAAACGAAUUCAAAGGACACAUAUGUCCGUUAACCAAAUAUAUACCGAUCAAUCAAGCAACAUGACUGGCAUAGACUUGCAUCCACACCUGCAUUUAUCGGCUGAUCCGUAUUGUAAAAUCAUCUGAAAUCUGAAUAGCCGCAACUACGGACGUCAACAUGGAUGGUGAAUAACUAUGCUUAAGAAUAUUUUAUAUAGGUAAAGUUCCUACUCAAAGAUGCAUGCGUAAUUCUGAUAGUUCUGAGGGAUGUACAAAUAUUUGUACGAGCUUAGCUAUCCUCAGCUGUUAUGUCAUCCAAUAACAUUGUGUUUUGUAUAAAACUA